AUGGACACUGUAGACGAGAUAUUGCUUGCUUCGCUUAUCGACAACAUUCAGAUAGGUCUAUCACUACUGAUCAUUGUCGUCAUAGUCGCCAUAUCAAAUGUGUGGUUGCUGAUGUCUACCUCAGACAACUACAGUCGCGGUUUGAUGAACGGCGCAUACGUGGGCGAUCACGCAGAGUAUCAAUCUCAUUCGGUGGUUUCAGUGGGGCAUGCGCCAAAACGUCGAGAUGGAGAAUCAUAUGACCUCAGUGGAGCCAAAAUAGACAGCGAACCCCCUCUCAAGAGUGUUCCUGAUAAGAAAUCUAAAUCUGAAUGGCCGCAAAAAGGCCAGAUUGAAUUCAAAAACACGUUCCUGCGUUAUGCGCCAUUGGAACCUCCAGUGCUUAAAAAUCUCAGUUUUGUUAUCUUUCUACGAAAAAAAAUCGGCAUUGUUGGCAGAACCGGCGCCGGCAAGUCAUCUCUGAUUUAA